AUGGUGGUACCGAGGUGGGUGAGAGUCUGGCGUGUUGCUCGUGCGUAUCCUCGAUAUCUCUGGAAUAACUACACUGUGCAUUUUUAUUAUAUUGUUAUUAUUCUUUUGUUAUUUCAAGAUAUGCCAUAUUACCGGAACUAUUAUCAUGUAGUACGUCCUGACGAUCCGAUUGCUGUGGAAUGGAGACCACCUGAACGCCGUUUGAAACUAAUCGAGCAAACCGUUGGCCAACCUCAUAUUGGAAAGAUUACGCAGAUUAAAAGUGAUCCAACAAAUGGUAUAAAAUGGAUAUAUGUUGAAUUUUUCGAUUGUCCAUCAAUUCGCGAAAUUAAUAUAAGCGCAAUUCGUGAAGCAUUAGCACGAUGGAUUAACGAAGAAUGCGUUGCAGCUUUAAAAUGCGAUUUAAAUGGCAAAAUUGAUGCAAAUAAUAUCUUAAUCGGUACUGUAUCUUGUGGUGCAAAUCAAAAUUUCAUUACAAUCCGAGUUUUGAAAAAUACUACCAACAUAACAUUUCGAGAAGAACAAGGUUUAUCAAAGUAUUACCUGGAUUUGGAUUUGAAUAUUAUUGGCAAAGUGAUAGAAUCUAGAGAGCACUUAUUAUCUAUUCUUCUCCAUUCAGAUUUAAGGCUCGUUACAGUUCAAGUUAUUAAAGAAAGUGCAGAAAUUAGAUCUACUAAUGCAGUUGACAAAUUAUGUUAUAAUUUUUACUGCUUUAUAAUAAUUUUUUCAUUUAUUGCAUUUAUUGUUGUGCUGUUUUUCAUUUUCGCUGUUAAUAAGAAUGUUGAGGAACAUACUUCUGUAAGUCCAAGUCAUUCAUUACUAUUACUACAAGUGAUGCGAAAUUAG